AACUGGAACAGUAAGGAGUAGAAGAAGCUGGAAAGAAGCUCACAAAACCCCACUUCUCCGCGUUACUCUUCACUCGGCAUUAAAAUCCUUGAGGAAUAGAGGAGCUUCUGCUAAUUGUUGUCUGUGCUUGUUCCGUUGCUUAGCUUUAACGAGAGAGAGAGAGAGAGAGAGAGAGAGAGAGAGAGAGAGAGAUGCAUAAACGGAAGAAUAGGCCCUUGGUACUGCUGCGGAUGGUGUUGAUGGUGGCAAUAUGCGCUAUAGCUCUAGUGGCUCUAUUCUCUGUACACGUACACGUCUUUCCUUCUUCCAAGCUCCGAACCAUUUCCGAUUCUUACAAGCUCCCCACGCAACAUGAAGUCGGGUACCAUAGGUUGAAAAAUGAAUUAAGCUGGACACAAGAGUUCUCUCCGCCACAAUUGUCCAAAGUUCCUCCUCCUUUACAUAAGUUGAAUGGUGCGAGGGAGAUUUUGGAUCUCGACAAGUUGUGGAAGCCUCCUCGCCCUCGCGACUUUGUACCCUGCAUUGAGCCUGGUCCAUCAUAUUCAUCUCCUGCAGAGUCACGUGGUUACCUGCUUGUUCAUACCAAUGGUGGACUCAACCAGAUGCGGGCUGGGAUUUGUGACAUGGUGGCUGUGGCUCGUAUCAUAAAUGCCACUCUUGUUAUUCCAGAACUUGAUAAGCGUUCAUUUUGGCAAGAUUCUAGCAACUUCUCUGAUGUCUUUGAUGAGAAUCAUUUUAUAAGUGUGCUGGUUAAUGAUGUUAAAGUAGUCAGAAAACUCCCGAAAGACCUGGCAACUGCUACUCGAGCCGUUAAACACUUAAGAAGCUGGUCAGGUAUAGACUACUACCAGGAUGAGAUAGCUCACAUGUGGGAAGAGUAUCAGGUCAUUCGGGCAGCUAAAUCUGACUCUCGCCUAGCAAAUAAUAAUCUUCCCCCAGACAUUCAGAAGCUACGUUGCCGUGCAUGUUAUCAGGCUCUUCGUUUUGCCCCUCGCAUUGAGGCCAUGGGAAAAUUGUUGGUGGAGAGGAUGAGGUCCUAUGGUCGUUUUAUUGCUUUACAUUUGCGUUAUGAGAAGGACAUGCUUGCUUUUAGUGGAUGCACACAUGGUUUGUCUCCUGUAGAAGCAGAGGAAUUAGCCACCAUUAGAGAGAAUACUGCAUAUUGGAAAGUGAAGGAUAUAGAUCCAAUUGAACAGAGGGCAAGGGGACUUUGUCCGUUAACUCCAAAGGAGGUUGCAAUGUUCAUAACUGCUUUAGGAUACCCUUCCAAUACACCCAUAUAUAUUGCUGCAGGGGAGAUAUAUGGUGGUGAUAAUCAAAUUUCUGAGCUUCGAUCCCGCUUUCCAAUAUUAAUGAGUAAGGAGAAUUUAGCAUCAGUGGAUGAGCUUGAACCUUUUAUGGGUCAUGCAUCUCAGAUGGCUGCACUAGAUUAUAUAGUAUCAGUUGAAAGUGAUGUCUUUAUCCCUUCCUACUCUGGGAACAUGGCAAGGGCAGUUGAAGGUCACCGUCGUUUUCUGGGGCACAGGAAAACAAUUUCUCCUGACAGGAAAGCACUUGUCCGUCUAUUUGAUAAAGUUGAAAGGGGAUCACUAAAAGAAGGAAAAGGUCUUUCUGAUCGAAUAGUUGAAAUCCACAGAAGACGGCAGGGGUCCCCACGUCGAAGGAAAGGCCCCAUCUCGGGAACGAGGGGCAUGGACAGAUUUCGAUCGGAAGAAUCAUUUUAUGUGAACCCUCUGCCGGAUUGCUUAUGUCAGAAAGAAAUGUCCGGUGUCAAUGGAUCUCAGAUUUAGUUGGUAGACUUGUGGGACAGAUUAAUUCUUUUGGAAGCAAUGGCACCUUGUUUGCAUUUUUCCUUCGCUUUUCUAUUGAAUCUCCUGGAGCUGGGGCUCUCGUUAUACAGCUGCGGAAUGUGUAUAUCCCGAGUGUAGAUUGAUCAAAAAUAGAUUUAACUGUAGAUGAAGAGGAUGGAUUAGAUAUAGAGGGGGUUGUUUGAGACAAGCCUUUUAACUCCACAUUCCACAUUUUCAGGUUCAUGUAUGUAUGAUGUAUCAAAUAUCAAUCUAUUUAUUUGAUUGGGACAAGUUGACCAGGCAUUGAGGGGGAGGGGGAAUUGUUUGGGAUAUUAAUAUUGUUUCUUUUUGGAAGUAAUGGGUUCAUUCCAGUUACCGUGUAUCAUCUCAUUUGAUUGGUUCUUACAGGGAAAUAAAACAAUGAAAUGUACUUGCAAUUUUUAGCUUUC